AAGAUGGCGGCGGCAGUGGCUGCAAGAGCAGUGCCUGUGGGCCCUGGGCUCCGCGGCAUGCAAAGGACGCUGCCACUUGUAGUGAUUCUUGGGGCCACGGGCACUGGAAAAUCCUCCCUGGCAUUGCAGCUAGGCCAGCGGCUCGGUGGCGAAAUCGUCAGCGCUGACUCCAUGCAGGUCUACAGAGGCCUAGACAUCAUCACCAACAAGGUUACUGCACAAGAACAAAGGCUCUGCCAGCACCACAUGAUCAGCUUUGUGGAUCCUCUUGUGACAAAUUACACGGUGGUGGACUUCAGAAACAAGGCGACUGCUCUCAUUGAAGAUAUAUUUGCCCGAGACAAAAUUCCUAUCAUCGUGGGAGGAACCAAUUAUUACAUUGAGUCUCUGCUCUGGAAAGUUCUCAUUGAUACCCAGCCCCAGGAGAUGGGCACUGAGAAAGUGAUUGAUCGGAAAGGAGAACUUGAAAAGGAAGACAGCCAUAUGCUCCACAAACGCCUAAGCCAGGUGGACCCAGAAAUGGCUGCCAAGCUGCACCCACAUGACAAGCGUAAAGUGGCCAGGAGCUUGCAACUAUUUGAAGAAACAGGAAUCUCUCAUAGUCAAUUUCUUCAUCGUCAACAUGCAGAGGAAGGUGGUGGUCCCCUUGGAGGCCCUCUGAAGUUCCCUAACCCCUGCAUCCUGUGGCUUCAUGCUGACCAGACAGUUUUAGAUGAACGCUUGGAUAAGAGGGUGGAUGACAUGCUUGCCUCUGGGCUCUUGGAGGAGCUAAGAGAUUUUCACAGACGCUAUAAUCAGAAGAAAGUUGCUGAAAAUAGCCAGGAAUAUCAACGUGGUAUUUUCCAGUCAAUUGGCUUCAAGGAAUUUCACGAGUACCUGACUACUGAGGGAAAAUGCACAUCAGAGACUAGUAACCAGCUCCUAAAGAAAGGUAUUGAGGCUCUGAAACAAGUGACUAAGAGAUAUGCCCGGAAGCAAAAUCGAUGGGUUAAAAACCGUUUCUUGAGCAGACCUGGUUCCAGUGUUCCCCCAGUGUAUGGCUUAGAGGUAUCUGAUGUCUCCAAGUGGGAGGAGUCUGUUCUCACACCUGCUCUUGAAAUCGUACAAAGUUUCAUCCAGGGACAUAAGCCUGCAACCACUCCAAUAAAGAUGCUGUACAAUGAAGCUGAGAACAAGAGAAGUUAUCACAUGUGUGACAUCUGUGAUCGAAUCAUCAUUGGGGACCGUGAGUGGGCAGCACAUAUAAAAUCCAAAUCCCAUUUGCACCAACUGAAGAAAAGAAGAAAAUUGGACUCAGAUGCUGUUACAACCAUAGAAAGUUGGAGUAUUUCUCCAGAGCAUGACAGAGAGCUUAAAGAGAAGGACUCCCCAGAGCAGAAUGAUCAAGAGCUGAAAUCCAGCAUUUAACAGACAUGUCCAUUGGCCUUUGCAAAGGUGGAAAGGAUUCAGUUCAGGAGAAAGUGAUAUAUGUCUAUCUCCCAGUCUGGGAUCCUACCAUUUUCUUUCAUUCAGAUGGUUUGGUUUUAAAGUCUCAUGUUGUGUGUCAUGGAAACAGCAGGUCUGUCAUUUCUGCAUGUGGCUGAUGUGUCUGGUGAUGAUGCAGUUCAGGAAGGGAAUUUUUUUUUCUUUUAACCUUAAAGUUUCUAUUUUCAAAAGAGGCACAGAUUGUACAUUUUUACACUUGAGGAUCUUUUUAGUGGUGAAUAUCAGGUUGCACUACAUCCUUUAAAAGAAGUUUUAUGUCCCUAACUCUAGCUAAAAAUGUCUAAUUUCCAGACACUUUUGUAGAUGGCAAAAGUAUUAUGAGUCACAAAUCAUGAGUUCUGGAUUUGAGUGAGUGGCAAGAAAAGAUUGGCCCCCAUGAGAUGAUCAAGUGAACCAAACCAGUGCUUGGGAUUUCCACAGAGGAGGGAAUCAGACUGACGUGGCUGUGAAUAUGGGACUUGAAGACUAAAAACUGAAAUUUGUCGAGCUGUUCCUGUGUGAUAAUUACUAUCACUGCUGCUUUCUGUUGAGUUUGGAAUCUAUAUUUUUAUUGAAAAGUAAAUAAAGAAAAAGUUUACAAGA